AUGUCCACAUCUGCGAAACAACUCAGAAAGGACAAAGAUGUCCAAAAGGGCCAUGUCCGCUAUCCCUUCUGGUUCGGCGGCUCAGCAUCGUGUUUCGCAGCCUGCAUAACCCACCCACUGGACUUAGUCAAGGUUCGGCUCCAGACGCAGCAACAUGCCAGGCCACGACGGAAUAUGGUGCAGAUGUUCCUCCACAUAGCAAAGGAGCAUGGCAUACUCGGACUGUACAAAGGCCUCUCGGCCUCCCUGCUCCGCCAGUUGACCUACUCCACAACCCGCUUCGGCGUCUACGAGGAGCUGAAGGGAGUCUUCUCUUCCGCUAAGCAGCAGCCCUCCUUCCCAACCCUCGUCGCCAUGGCCAGCACAUCCGGCUUCCUCGGCGGCGUAGCUGGCAACCCUGCCGAUGUUCUCAACGUCCGCAUGCAACACGACGCCGCCCUUGACCCGAGAGACCGGCGAAACUAUAAGCACGCCAUUGAUGGCUUGACGAGGAUGGUCAGGGAGGAGGGCUGGAAAAGCUUGUGGAGGGGCGUCUGGCCAAACAGCAUGCGCGCCGUGCUGAUGACCGCCUCGCAAUUGGCCUCGUACGAUACCUUCAAGGCUCAAUUGCUAGCCCACACCUCUCUCACCGACAAUCUCACUACGCAUUUUACCGCCUCCUUCCUUGCCGGCUUCGUCGCCACGACUGUCUGCUCCCCUGUAGAUGUGAUAAAGACGCGCGUUAUGAGCGCGCAUGAGAACAAAAGUUUGGCGAGGUUGCUGGCGGAUAUCUACCGCCUGGAAGGCUUUGGAUGGAUGUUCAGAGGCUGGGUCCCCAGCUUUAUUCGGUUGGGGCCGCACACUAUUGUAACGUUCUUAUUCUUGGAACAGCACAAGAAGAUCUAUAGAAGCCUGCGAGGGCAUGACCAGUAA